GGGCGGGCGCCCGCGCUCAGCGUCGGCGCGCAGGAGGGCGGCGAGGCCGGGGCUGGAGCCGCCGCAGCGGCAGGAAGAUGGAUGCGCCAGGCUCGUCCUUAGCCGCUCGGCAUCCUCUCCUGGCCGCGGCACGUACAGGCCUGUUUCUGUAGCCGCCCGCGAUGGAACCGGCGCUGGGGCUGGCGAGAAGCUUGCUCUGACACUGCCGAUUGCAGCCUCUGAGCCUCAGUACGGAUGCUCAGGACAGGUUUUGUUUCUAUUGAUCUGGCCUGCUGCUCUACAGAAAAUAUUCAAACCCUGCUGUGCAGCAGAUGCUAGCUUAGCUGGCACUGGACCAGUGUCCUCAGAUUGGUGAUUGAGUGAGGGCUUCCAAAGCAACUGAGUCCAGUCCCUUAAGGAAUGUCAUGCAGUAGGUGCUAAACUAACCGGCACUGAAAGGAACAUAAAAGAUGGCAGUCUGUAUUUGAAGCAGUUAAACACAUGGACUCUUGCUGACAAGAAAUCAUGUCAAAAAAAGGACGUAGCAAGGGCGAAAAGCCUGAGGCACUGAUUGUUGCCCUACAGGGUGCCAACGAGGAACUCAGGACCAAGUUAACAGACAUUCAAAUUGAGCUACAUCAAGAGAAAUCUAAGGUUGCUAAACUUGAACGAGAGAAGACUCAAGAAACAAAGCGUAUCCGGGAGGUGGAGCAGCGCAAGCAGACUGUGCAGAUCACAGAGCUGAAAGCCAAACUCCAUGAGGAGAAAAUGAAGGAGCUGCAAGCCGUGAGGGAGAACCUCAUCAAACAGCAUGAGCAGGAGAUGACACGGAUGGUGAAAGUCCGGGACAGCGAAAUCCAGCGCCUCAAGUCAGCGCUGUGUGCGCUGCGGGAUGGCAGCAGCGAUAAAGUAAGGACAGCGCUGACUAUCGAGGCUCGUGAGGAGGCCAGGAAACAGUUUGACUCCGAGCGCCUUAAGCUUCUGCAGGAAAUCACUGAGCUGAAGUCUGCCAAAAAGCAGGUAGACGAGGCCCUUAACAACAUGAUCCAAGCCGACAAGAUCAAGGCAGGGGAUCUUCGGAGUGAGCAUCAGUCCCACCAGGAAGCCAUUUCCAAGAUCAAAUGGGAGAGCGAAAGAGACAUUCGCCGCCUGAUGGAUGAGAUCAAGGCCAAAGACAGAAUCAUAUUUUCCUUGGAGAAAGAACUGGAAACACAGACAGGCUAUGUGCAGAAGCUGCAGCUGCAGAAGGAAGCUCUGGAUGAACAGCUUUUCUUGGUGAAGGAGGCAGAGUGUAACAUGAGCAGUCCCAAGAGAGAGAUCCCAGGAAGGGCUGGAGAUGGUUCGGAGCACUGCAGCAGCCCUGACCUGCGCAGGAACCAGAAGAGAAUAGCGGAGCUGAACGCCACCAUCCGGAAGCUGGAGGACAGGAACACGCUGCUUGGGGACGAGCGGAACGAGCUGCUGAAGCGUGUUCGAGAAGCUGAGAAACAAUGUAAACCUCUUCUGGAGAAGAACAAGUGCCUCACAAAGAGAAACGAUGAACUCAUGCAGUCACUGCAGCGCAUGGAAGACAAACUCAAAGCAGUCACUAAAGAAAAUAUAGAAAUGAGAGAAAAAAUGACAUCACAUCCUCCUCUAAAGAAAUUAAGAUCUCUCAAUGACCUGGAUCAGGCUAAUGAGGAACAAGAAACUGAAUUCUUAAAGCUUCAAGUCAUAGAACAACAGAACAUAAUUGAUGAGUUAACAAGGGACAGGGAGAAACUCAUUCGUCGCAGAAAGCAUAAAAGGAGCUCAAAGCCAAUUAAGAGACAUGUGGUGGACACAUUUUUUGGGUACGAUGAUGAUUCCAUGGACUCUGAAACAUCCUCUGUAGCCUCAUAUAGAACAGACAGAACACCAGCAACCCCAGAUGAUGAUCUGGAUGAGAGUCUGGCAGCGGAGGAGUCAGAGCUGCGGUUUCGACAGCUGACGAAGGAGUACCAGGCCCUGCAGAGAGCAUAUGCACUGCUGCAGGAGCAGACAGGUGGCAUCAUAGAUGCUGAAAGAGAAGCUAAGGCUCAGGAGCAGCUCCAAGCUGAAGUGCAGAGAUAUAAAGCCAAAAUAGAAGAUCUGGAGAAAACUUUGGCACAAAAAGGGCAGGACUCACACUGGGUGGAAGACAAGCAACUUUUCAUUAAGAGGAACCAAGAGCUUUUAGACAAGAUAGAGAAACUGGAUGCAGAAAACAACCGUCUGCAACAGGAGCUGCAGGAUGCCCGAGACCAGAAUGAGCUGCUGGAGUUCCGCAACCUUGAGCUGGAGGAAAGAGAGAGACGGUCCCCACCAUUUAAUCUCCAGAUUCACCCAUUCUCAGAUGGUGUGAGUGCUCUACAGAUCUACUGCAUGAAGGAAGGGGUUAAGGAUGUCAGCAUCCCAGAUCUCAUAAAGCAGUUAGACAUCCUUGGUGAUAAUGGAAAUUUAAGAAAUGAAGAACAAGUAGCCAUAAUUCAGGCUUCCACUGUAUUGUCCUUGGCAGAAAAGUGGAUCCAGCAGAUUGAGGGAGCUGAAGCUGCUCUGCAUCAGAAGAUGAUGGAACUGGAAAGUGAUAUGGAGCAAUUUUGCAAAAUAAAAGGUUAUCUGGAGGAAGAAUUAGACUACAGGAAGCAAGCUCUUGACCAAGCAUACAUGAGGAUCCAGGAGCUUGAAGCCACCUUGUACAAUGCUUUGCAGCAAGAAACGGUGAUAAAGUUUGGGGAACUACUCACUGAAAAACAGCAGGAAGAGCUAAGGACAGCAGUGGAAAAGCUAAGACGUCAGAUGCUGAGGAAAAGCAGAGAAUAUGACUGCCAGAUACUUCAGGAAAGGAUGGAGCUGCUCCAGCAGGCUCAUCAGAGAAUACGAGAUCUAGAAGACAAAACUGACAUCCAGAAGAGACAAAUUAAGGAUCUGGAGGAAAAGUUUCUCUUUCUAUUCUUGUUCUUCUCUCUUGCCUUUAUUCUUUGGCCUUGAUGUCAAUGUGCCUCUUGGAAAGAGUGCCCGACCACACAGAUAUAUCCUUAUAAAGGCAAAUGCUUCCACCCCCCCCAAUGAAGAGAACAUUGUUUACACCUAUUUAAAAAAGUAUAAAAAUGAACAACCUGUAGCCAAGACUGCAACCACCUUGUAUUUUAAAGCCAUCACUCAAGAUUUGUUACUUGACAGUUCCUGUCUAAAGCUAUGAUAUAUGCUGCAUCUAAUGAAAUUGUAUAUGUUGAAAUUACAAACGGGGAAGGAAAAUAACCUGUGAAUCUACGUCACAUAGGAAGAACUUAAAGGGAAGGAACCACUUUCAGCUGAUCAAGUCAGUGUGUCUUGGGCAUGGAACCAAAGUUACAACAGAAAAAUCUAUCCCUGCUGUGCAGGGCACUCGUUUCAAUGUGACUCUGUCAUCCCACGAAUGGAUCGAAAGUUAACAGGACAGAGCAGGAGAAACAUGAGCCGUGGAGAGAUGCUGACAACAAAGCAUUGGGUUUGAACUGUCUGGCUGUCUCACUGCAAGGACUCCUCUUCUCCCUCUUUGGUUUGAACCUCAGGAACAAAUGACAGCUGCAAUGUGGGGAGAAGAAAGAAAAAUGGUGUUCUGUUUUAUUGCAGGAUAGGCAGGACAGGGCACCACGUUUUGGUGCUUGAGCUCAUAACAAAGCAUCACCUUACUCGGCAAAGGAAGGGACGGAGAGGGUGUCUGGCCUAAGGAGGAUCUCUGACAGAGUUGUAGCCUUAUCUCUCUUCACCCUCCCUCCACGAAGAACAGCCUGUCUACUGUCAGAUACUUUUCAUACUCUUUCAAGACUGCCAUUGAGAUAAUAAUGACUACACGGGUUUACUAUUUGAAUAAUACACUGAGGAUAACUGGAUUGAACCUACAGAGUAGCUUCUGAAGAGUAAAGGAAAUAUGUUGGAGGAUAGAGGGGAGAAAGCCAACCCUCUUGUCCUUAUGGUACGAUGCAGAAAGCAUCAGCUUCCAACUGUUUUGCCCCAGCCUGGGAGAAACGUUUUGGUUUGGCUUGUCUAACUAACUUUGUUGGCUGGCUUCCCAAUCAAUGACACAUAAGCCAAAAAUGGGGAAAAGCUGUGUGAACACAUCCUUGUUAGAAGUAAGAAGUAUGGCUAGUCUGUGUAGAUUUUUCCACAGUUAGGAAUAACUAGAAGUAGUUUGCAUUUCAGAGCAUCCCUUGCCUCUCCCAUCACAAAGCCUGGAACCCAGUACUGGUGCCUCCCUGAGGUGUCACAAAUCCAUGAUCCUCUGCCCUCCACAGUCAGUAAGAAAUAAACCCUGAGGAAUGUCACGCCUGCAGCAAACACUGCAAAAGUCCAGUGCCUGCUGGGGUGAGUGCAGCUGCACCCCUCCUCCCUUCCUCACCAAGGUGCUGUAUGAGCUAUUCGUGGCUGUGCUUCUCUGUGCCUGCCUUCGUUUCCCCGCAAUCGAAGUCAUGUCUGUUCAGACUUCAGGUUCCAGUGGCAAGGCUCCUCACCUGAGCUGUGUCUUCCAUGAUGGAGCCUUAAUUUUAACUGGGAGAAAUGGAUGUCUGUAUUACAAAUCCAGAAAGCUAAGGGCCAGAACGCAUCCUGUGCAUCAUUUAAACCUUCAAAACAGGGCUCACACAUACCAACGUCUUACGCACACAGACUCUGCCCAUCAGAAGCUUUAAAAGUGCUUUACAAAGAGUCUUUCCUUUCUUUGCUUUUUUAUUUUUACAGAUGAAUCAACCGAGGCACAAAGCAGUGAAGUAACUUGCUACAGCAACUGCAGGUCAAAAGCAGUUCCUUGGCCAUAGCAAGGAUGGAAAUUUCUUUAGCAUCAAGGAUUCCUGCCCCUCAGAGAUGCUUUUUGGCCAGAAUAGCCUUUAAUUGUCAGUGCACAUUCACCCAACUGGAUUGUAGUGCUGGGCUCCAUUUCUUCACAAAGACUCCAAACCCUCUUGUUUCUUGCAUGCUCUCAGAUUGUGUUCCCCUUCCACCAAAGGUUAGACGCUAUUAGCAAGUGUUUUUUUUUCUACUCCUUAAAAUUAAUUUAAAUUACAGAAUGACUACAUCUUCUUUAAGCAAUCUGCUUCAGGCAAGAGGUUUCCUGAAUUCUGCACCAACUGUAUGUUUGUGGAUUCAUUCUAUUAUAAACAGACUUGUGGGCAGCUGUGGUAAAUGAAUACAAGUAUGUUGCAUGCUCUUUGUUCAAAUACUUUCCCCCUUGCAGCAGACUCUGUGGAUGAGGCUGGCCCAAACCUAUAUGUGCUUCCCAAGAGUGCUGCUAGCAGCUCACCCCUGAAAUGCUGGAGUCCAGGUCCUUUGAGAGUCCUAUGACAUUAGAUUACUAAGCAACUUUACAACACCUUAUUAGCUACAAAAAGAGCAUUUUCUUCUCCAGUUAUUCCCUCUUCCCCUCUCACUCCUCCUAUCCCUUGUAGCUCCUGCUCAUUUCAUGCCACUUGGUUGCAGUGUUCUGCUAGGAUAUAGAGGCUAGAUGCUGCUUUCCUAGCAUGAAGGCCAGCAAGUAAAGCUUGUGCUCUUCCUGUGGAAGAGUGAGCAGCACCUCUUUUCUGUGAUGAUGAAAGAACUUCCACCUCUCUUUCAGUUAAAAGGGAAGAGGAAGAUUAGAAACCAAGCAAUCAUAGGGAAGGUUCAUGGCACAGACAGAAAUCAGAAGACACCUGGCUGAUCUCGUGACAGGCUUCAUCGCUGAGGCCCUCUGAACUGUGCUGCACAAAUCUUAAUUAAUUUCUCCUUUUUGUCUAAUUGCCCUUCCCUUACUGCUCUGCACAUAUACACCUGCAGGUGCCCCAUGUUCAAGGGCUGGGGGUAGUAGACAGUCCACAGCUUAUCUUGGUCUUCAAACCUAAAAGAUGGUGGUGUUCCCUCAGAGAGCUGCACGACAGCUGCUUUGCUCUCCUUGCAGCCUAAUGCAAGCCAUGCCUAAAACACACUUGCUGACAGGAGUAAUGUAAACUUCCUGCUGUCAGCUAGAUCCAAAUGAGUUUGACCUUUGUGUAUAUAUAUAUACAUGUACCCAUAUAAUAACGUAUGUAUAUGUACAUAUAUAUACAUAUAUAUGCAUAUAUCUAUUCCCUAUUGUAUAUAGUAAAUUGUUGCUAUAGCUUAUGAACGUAUACUUCCAAUCUAGGUAUGGGGAACUGAAUCCUGACUUGUUUAGCUGCCACAACUGACACACUCCUCAUGGUUUAGUUUUACAUCUCAUGGGCAUCUAGUAUUUGGGUCUGUUUUUUUGGGGUCUGCCCCUUUCUCUGUCUCAAAGCUGUUUGUCUAGGGCUUCCUGCUGUUCCCCACGUCCCCUCAAACAGCGUAUUACAAAUCCUCCCUCAAAUUAGUCACUGCAGCCAACCUCUCCUCUGCAAAACCAUCCAGCAAAUAAAAAUCAAUUUAUGGCAGCCUUUGAGGGCAGCAGAUACAGCCCUGAGUUCCUCCAUCUGUCUGCCCUAGGCUGCAGCAGGAGUGCCAGCACUCCCAGCUCCCUGUACCCUCAGAGCCACGUCAUGUCAGCUUGAUCAGAGUCUGAACUUGAUGUUGGGUUUUUUUUCCACUGACCACGUCAGGAGUUUCUCAAGACUAUUCAUUGAAGCACUUCAGAUGAGGGCCUAGUUAAGUGAGGUGCAUUUAGGCAGCUGGGGUUGCAGAAAGAAACAGGGCUUCUUGCAGUAUCAUUGCCUGGCUCACAGCUCCAGCCUCUCUUGUUGAUGUGUCUGGAGAACCAUGGAAGCUUUUUUGUACAUGUAUUUAAUUUUCCAGCUCCCUGCCCUCAUCUCAGUGGGAAACCUCCUGUGAACCCCCAAAGCUUUCUGUUCCAUGGCUUCCCACAAAGAUUGAACAGGCCAGGCUCUCCUGCUCACCGGGGCAAGGUUCAGUAAACAGCCACACAGCUGCUGGUGAUUCAAAGGGUUUUCCUUUUCCCUGCCCUCCCUCACAUCAGCACCUCUGUGUGUUUUUAUAUCUGCUUUUUGUUCCCGGUUUUCUGAUGUCUAUUCCAGAACAGAAUUGUAAAUGACUGGCAAAACGACCCUUUGAUAAACACUGGACAUGUGUCUGUACUAUAUGUAUUCAUGUGUAGAAGAGAAUCCUUAUUGUAUGUAAAGUUUUAUGAAUGGUUAUUUUUUAAUUUAUGUAUUUAAUAUAGGAUUCAAUGACCUCUGGUGUUUUAGUUUGUAUAAAAAAAAAAUAAAACAGCAGCAUUUUUAAAAAACAGGA